AUUAUUUCAACACCCCCUCCAACUUCGACUCCCACUUUCAGCAUGACUUCAAUAGCAGCAUCGUUGAGCAGGGCGCUCCCGAAGCCGAAAUAUACCGGCGAGGAGGAAGAGAUCCCGCAACAUGCGCAGCAACGAGGUCCUCGAAUCGUUGGAGCCGGCACCAUCGAUGACACACAGAUCGUGUUGAAGAAAUCUGGACCUCCACCAUAUGGCAAGCGAUCAGGAUGGCGACCGCGGGGACAGGAGGACUUUGGAGAUGGAGGAGCUUUCCCAGAAAUCCCUGUCGCGCAGUACCCUCUGGACAUGGGAAAGAAGGGCCAGUCUUCGAGCAAUGCGCUUGCUGUUCAGGUUGAUGCCGAGGGGAAGGUCAAAUAUGAUGCUAUUGCUAGGCAAGGCCAUAACGACCAGAGGAUAGUUCACGCUUCUUUCAAGGAUCUGAUCCCACUUCGACAACGGGCUGAUGCGGGGGACAUUGACCUCGACCGACCGAGCGAGGAGGAAGUAAAAGCUUCCACCGAGAGGACGAGAGAUGCUCUUGCGAAGCUCGUCAGCGGUGCGGUUGCAGCUCAGAAACCAAAGAACGUCAAUGUUGGCUCCAGGAAAGACCCCACCUAUGUCAGAUAUACACCAGCGAACCAGAUGGGCGACAAUACAAGGAAGAAUGAUCGGAUUAUGAAGAUCGUGGAGAGGCAACAGGAUCCCAUGGAGCCGCCGAAAUUCAAACACAAGAAGAUUCCUCGAGGUCCACCAAGUCCUCCACCUCCAGUUAUGCACUCACCACCUCGAAAGUUGACUGCCGAGGACCAGGAGGCGUGGAAGAUUCCUCCUCCAGUGUCGAACUGGAAGAAUCCAAAGGGUUACACCGUUCCAUUAGACAAGAGGUUGGCAGCAGAUGGGAGAGGCUUACAAGAUGUCACUAUCAACGACAAGUUUGCGCAGUUUGCAGAAGCUCUUUUCACAGCAGAUAGACAUGCGCGAGAAGAAGUCAAGCAGAGAGCAUUGAUGCAACAACGGUUAGCAGAGAAGGAGAAGGCCCAGAAGGAGGAUCAUCUCCGAAUGUUGGCACAAAAGGCACGGGAAGAGAGGGCUGGCGCUGCGGGUGGAAGACGAGCAUCAAGAACGUCAAGGUCGAGAUCUGGCAGCUAUAGCGAGUCCGAGUCUGAACGAUCAGGGAGUGAUGAUGAGGAAGUUCGAGAGCGAGAAAAGAUGCGUGCCGAGAAGCGACGAGAAGAGGAACGGAAAUUGCGCCAAUCUCGGAUGGGAGCAGAGCGGAGAGUGCAAAUGAUGGCUCGAGAACAAAAUCGAGAUAUCUCGGAGAAGGUUGCUCUGGGUUUGGCGAAGCCUACCCAGUCUUCCGAAGGAAUGUUCGAUUCGAGAUUGUUCAAUCGAACAAGUGGCUUUGAUUCGGGUUUCAACGAGGAUCAAGCUUAUGACAAGCCGUUGUUCGCCGCUCAGGAUGCUAUCAGCAGUAUCUACAGACCGCGUGCGAAUAUGGAUGAUGGUGACGAUGAGGAGGCUGCUGAGGCGGAGAUGGGCAAGAUUCAGAGGAGUAAUCGGUUCGAGGCGCUUGGAAAGGGGACUUUUAAGGGCUCGGCUGAUGUUGAGGCGAGAGAGGGACCAGUGCAGUUUGAAAAGGAUACUGGGGAUGUUUUCAACGUGGAUGAGUUCUUGAGUAAGGUUGGCGAAACCUCGAAUAAGCGCGAGUAUGGAUUGCAGGAGAGCGACGACAGGAAAGCAAAACGAGCGAGGGUGGAUGAGGAUGAGGACUAGGGCUUGGCUGCGUGUUUGUAUCAUAGCAUCGGAGUUUGUGGAUCUGAUCAUCUGGUGCAGAAAUCGCGAGUGUACUGCACCGUUUUCCAGUUCUUCCUAGCAGGAAUAACUAAUACUUGAUCAUGAGUCUUGUUCAGAUCUUUGACAGCUCUUCCGUGGUUUAGGCUAAAAAAACCCCCCUUCCCUUUCCCCCCAAAGUCGUGUCACACCAUAAUCACUAAGCUUGUCUUCCCAAACAGCGACCAGGAGGUCAGGAGCUGAUGAAGCGGAAAGGUACUUACAUCGCCUCCUCUAAGAGAGAUACAUAGCCAAUUUUCUUUUUAU